AAGAGGAGGAGGAGGAAGAAGAGGAGGAGGAGAAGAAGAAACCGGAGGAAGAGGAGGAGGCGAAGGAGGAGGAGAAGCCGCAGCGGGCGCCGCAGGAGCGAGUGAGCUGGGAGCGAGGGGCGAAGGCGCGGGGAAGUCCGGCGGCCCGGCGGACGGCGGCAGGCUCGGCCGAGGCGGCGGCGCCGACUCCGUUCCACUCGGCCGGGAUCCAGGCCUCCGGGUUCCCAGGCGCUCACCUCCCUCUGACGCACUUUAAAGAGUCUCCCCCCUUCCACCUCAGGGCGAGUAAUAGCGACCAAUCAUCAAGCCAUUUACCAGGCUUCGGAGGAAGCUGUUUAUGUGAUCCCCGCACUAAUUAGGCUCAUGAACUAACAAAUCGUUUGCACAACUUGUGAAGAAGCGAACACUUCCAUGGAUUGUCCUUGGACUUAGGGCGCCCUGCCCGCCUUUUGCAGAGGAGAAAAAACUUUUUUUUUUCCUCCCCCGAGAACUUUCCCCCCUUCUCCCCCCUGCCUCUAACUCCGAUCCCCCCACGCCAUCUAGCCCAAAAAAAAAAAAAAAAAAGAAAAGAAAAAAAAAAGAAAGAAAAAAAAAAGAAAAAAAAAUUACCCCAAUCCACGCCUGCAAAUUCUUCUGGAAGGAUUUUCCCCCUUCUCUUCAGGUUGGGCGCGUUUGGUGCAAGAUUCUCGGGAUCCUCGGCUUUGCCUCUCCCUCUCCCUCCCCCCUCCUUUCCUUUUUCCUUUCCUUUCCUUUCUUUCUUCCCUUCCUCCCCCCACCCCCACCCCAAACAAACGAGUCCCCAAUUCUAGUCCGUCCUCGCCGCGGGCAGCGGGCGGCGGAGGCAGCGUGCGGCGGUCGCCGGGAGCUGGGAGCCCAGGGCGCCCGCUCCUCGGCGCAGCAUGUUCCAGCCGGCGCCCAAGCGCUGCUUCACCAUCGAGUCGCUGGUGGCCAAGGACAGUCCCCUGCCCGCCUCGCGCUCCGAGGACCCCAUCCGUCCCGCGGCACUCAGCUACGCUAACUCCAGCCCCAUAAAUCCGUUCCUCAACGGCUUCCACUCGGCCGCCGCCGCCGCCGCCGGUAGGGGCGUCUACUCCAACCCGGACUUGGUGUUCGCCGAGGCGGUCUCGCACCCGCCCAACCCCGCCGUGCCAGUGCACCCGGUGCCGCCGCCGCACGCCCUGGCCGCCCACCCCCUACCCUCCUCGCACUCGCCACACCCCCUCUUCGCCUCGCAGCAGCGGGAUCCGUCCACCUUCUACCCCUGGCUCAUCCACCGCUACCGAUAUCUGGGUCAUCGCUUCCAAGGGAACGACACUAGCCCCGAGAGUUUCCUUUUGCACAACGCGCUGGCCCGAAAGCCCAAGCGGAUCCGAACCGCCUUCUCCCCGUCCCAGCUUCUAAGGCUGGAACACGCCUUUGAGAAGAAUCACUACGUGGUGGGCGCCGAAAGGAAGCAGUUGGCACACAGCCUCAGCCUCACGGAAACUCAGGUAAAAGUAUGGUUUCAGAACCGAAGAACAAAGUUCAAAAGGCAGAAGCUGGAGGAAGAAGGCUCAGAUUCGCAACAAAAGAAAAAAGGGACGCACCAUAUUAACCGGUGGAGAAUCGCCACCAAGCAGGCGAGUCCGGAGGAAAUAGACGUGACCUCAGAUGAUUAAAAACACAAACCUAACCCCACAGAAACGGACAACAUGGAGCAAAAGAGAGACAGGGAGAGGUGGAGAAGGAAAAAAACCCUACAAAACAAAAACAGACCGCAUACACGUUCACUGAGAAAGGGAGAGGGAAUCGGAGGGAGCAGCAGCAUGCCGCGAAGACUUUGGACAGCGAGGGCACAGGGUCCCAACCCGAGGCCGUGCCAAGAUGGCAGAGGAUGGAGGCUCCUUCAUCAACAAGCGACCCUCGUCUAAAGAGGCAGCUGAGUGAGUGAGAGAGACAGAGAGAAGGAGAAAGAGGGAGGGAGGGAGAGAAAGAGAGGGUGAGAGAGAGAGCAAGAGCUGAACGUGCACUCUGACAAGGGGAGCUGUCAGUCAAACACCAAACCGGGAGGACAAGAUGAUUGGCAGGUAUUCCGUUUAUCACAGUCCACUUAAAAAAUGAUAAUGAUGAUGAUAAAAAGCACGACCCAACCAGGCACAGGACUUUUUUUUUUUUUUUUGCACUUCGCUGUGUUCCCCCCGAUCUUUAAAAAUAAUUAGUAAUAACAAAUGAAAAUUCCGUGUCUAGCCCCAUCCCACAUCUGUUUCAAAACCUUGAAAUGCAUGUAGCAGUUGUUGGGCGAAUGGUGUUUAAAGACCGAAAUGAAUUGUAAUUUUCUUUUCGUUUUAAAGACAGGUUCUGUGUGCUUUUUAUUUUGAUUUUUUUUCCCAAGAAAUGUGCAGUCUGUAAACAAUUUUUGAUACCUUCUGAUGUCAAAGUGAUUGUGCAAGCUAAAUGAAGUAGGCUCAGCGAUAGUGUCCUCUUACAGAGAAACGGGGAGCAGGAUGACGGGGGGCUGGGGGUGGUGGGGGAGGGUGCCCACAAAAAGAGUCAGGACUUGUACUGCAAAAAAAAAAACCCUAAAUUAAUUAUAUUUCUUGGACAUUCCCUUUCCUAACAUCCUGAGGCUUAAAACCCUGAUGCAAACUUCUCCUUUUAGUGGUUGGAGAAAUUGGCCGAGUUCAGCCAUUCACUGCAAUGGCUAUUCCAAACUUUAAAUCUAUCUAUUGCAAAAACUGAAGGACUGUAGUUAGCGGGGAUGAUGUUAAGUGUGGCCAAGCACACGGCGGCAAGUUUUCAAGCACUGAGUUUCUAUUCCAAGAUCAUAGACUUACUAAAGAGAGUGACAAAUGCUUCCUUAAUGUCUUCUAUACCAGAAUGUAAAUAUUUUUGUGUUUUGUGUUAAUUUGUUAGAAUUCUAACACACUAUAUACUUCCAAGAAGUAUGUCAAUGUCAAUAUUUUGUCAAUAAAGAUUUAUCAAUAUGCCCUCAGA